AGAGUGGUGGUGUGACGUGCACAUUCACCUGCGCCGGCGACGAUUCCGCAGUUGUAUCUCGCGAACGCGCCCGUAACAGACGCCAUAUUUGAAACGGUUUUUUUUUAUAAUUCGAACAUUUUUUUUUUCUUAAAGUGUGUGUUGUCAACGGUGACGGAUCUUUUUACGCAAUUCGUUGAAGAUAUAUCUAUCAAUAUGUUAUCCAGGCAUCAUUGGACGGGACUCGUUGUUCUGCUAGCAGCUACCUUCGCAUCAUGCGCCCAAGUGGAAGACCCCUGCAAAACGAAGUCAAGAGUAGUGGCUGAUGACAAGUACUGCGAUAAAUACUGGGAGUGUGACAAUGGACAGUCUAUCCAGUACGACUGUCCUAACGGCCUGGUCUUCGCUGGCAAGCACCGAGGAGUGACGGAGGGAUGCGACUACCCGUGGAGGUCCAACUACUGCGAGUACCCUAAGGUUCAGAUCAAUCCUCCCAUCGGGACAGAGCACUGCGACUGGCUGUACGGCAUCUUCGGGCACGAGACCUCCUGCACCAGGUACUGGACAUGCUGGAAUGGAACCGCCACGGAACAGCUCUGCAUCGGAGGUCUGCUGUACAAUGAGAACGCCCACUCCUGCGACUGGCCUGAAAAUGUAGAUGGCUGCCAGAAACAUCCUCUCUGCAACGACGACCCCAACGGCAACGUGCCCCUAGGCAAGUCCUGCAACCGCUACUGGCAGUGCCAAGGAGGAUACCCUCGUCUCCAGAGGUGCCCCGCCAUGCUGGUCUUCGACAGACGGUCCCUGAGGUGUGUGGUGCCUCCCACUGAGGAGUGUGACGUGCCCACCACAACCGCACCCCCACCAGAAGAAGAGAGCCAGCAGGAUUUGAGACAGGGCCAGCAGCACAAGAGACCAAACGGAGAGUACCAGGAGCAGAACCGCCCCAGACAACAAUCUAGAAAUUAAGUCACCAUCCUCUAGAAUCUUCUAGAAAACCUUUCUCAUUCCAAACUCUUCCUCUUUCACCUCGAAAGUCUUUCCCACCAUCCUCUUCUCCAUUAGAAGUAAUUUAUACUUCAUCGUUUUUGUAAUUAGUCACGUAAUUAAUUUAGAAACCUAGAUUUAAGAUUGAAAUACUGCCUUGGAACGAAUGUAACAAAUACUCAGGAAGAAAUUCCAAUGACGCCUUCAAAUCGGAUUAUAUUGUCGUGGCUCUGAAUCUUUUAAUAAAUGACAAUGGAAGUUUUCCAGCAUUUCAUUAUAGUAUACGCUAUACAUAUUUCAUCAAUGACAAUUAAUUAAAUUAAUCGCUUCUCCUUUCUUUAGCAAAUCAUCUGUAAAGUUGACUGAAGAAUGCACCAUCAUAUUUUCCGUUUUAUUUUCUAUCUUAUCAUAAUAUACAUGUAAAAAUAUAUCAAAUAAAUCGAAUACUAUCAUCGAUAUCAUAGCUAUUAUACUCGUAUGUAUAUGUUUUAUCGUUAAGCUUCGAGCCACGAUGGUCGAACCCGACUGUAUUAAAUUCUUAUUCUUAGUCAAUAUUUAUACUCGUAAGUUCAUAUUGUUCUUAAUAAUAGUCAAUAAAAAUAUUAUUUACUUA